AUGGUCUGCAACACGCCGGACAUUACCGGCUAUUCCGCGUUCUGGAGCAAGAAAGAGCACGCCAUAAUGGCUCUACACGCGCACCGCCACGGCGAAGACACGUCCUUUUACAGCCACUAUGACCGACUGUACCAGCAUGCGUUUUGGAUCUAUUUCCCCCUGCUGCCAGGCGAGCGACUUGUCGACAUUUAUGGCCGGGACAACUACAGCGGCGCCCAGUCCUUUCGCAUUGAUCUGAAUUUUCGGACCAACAAGUCGCGCUACAUGGUGUUUGGCCCCGUUCGACCGCGCGUUUUGCCACUGAAUGUCUCGCGGGAACGCGGCAACCAUCUCCAGUACCACAAUGUCGCCAGCUUGCCGACAGACGCCCCGACACGCAUCCAUUACAACGUGUGGCCGCGUGGCAUAAAACGGCUGGUCUUUGAGAAUGCGUACAUUGGGGUGCUGCCCCCGAUCGGAUCGACCUCGCCGGCCCAACCUGCCCGUCCUCGGAACGAGGCGUACUUUUCCACGACGCUUCCGCUCGAGGGCGUGGUUUCCGUCACGCCGUCGUACUGUCGACGAGGAGAUAAGGACCUUCGUACUCUCAUCGGUGGCCUGUUGUUCUCUGUCCACGACACCCAAAGUGGACGAUGA